CACGCACUUCCUGGGGGCUUGGCCCGCUGCUAUAUAACACCACGAAGAAGAAGCAGCAGCAAAAAUAAUCGGAAGUUAACAAGGAGUGUAUGCUAUCGGUGCUAGGCUGAGAGCUAGCUCGAGAACAAAACAACAGAAAACAUGUCUGACUCUCCAUGUGAGUCUGUUCCCUCCACAAGUGAAAGUCCCAACAAGGAGACACAAUUGAAGGACAGUUGUGACCCUCUCAGUUUAAUAAAAAACGCUGUGGUGGUCUUGACCCGACUCCCUGACUAUAAGAUCAGCGCUCUGCGACCACCGACGCCACAGCAAUUCUACAGUGAAGACGACUCCUGCAGUAGCUCUGACUCUGAUAUGCUGUGGGAACAAGAUGAUGAUUCUAGUGAUUCUGAUUUCUCACUCUCAAACAACAAACGGAAAACUCAAAAAAAGAACUCCAGCAGAAACGGCAACGACAAUGAACAAGCCCCUAUAAUAGUAUCAUCGGCUUUUGCGCAUUGCUCCACUGAAACCACCAAGGUCCGUCCUAACUUGCCAGAAAAAGAGGUCGCUGUGGGCAUGAUGAUCCUGGCCAAGAGGAAGACGAUGAAAUGGCAACGGGGAAAAAUAGUGGAUAUCGUAACAAAGGAAGAUGGGCGGUUGAAGUACAAAGUUUGUUUUGAACAGAAGGGGAGAAGCCUGGUGUCCGGCCACCACAUUGCCUUUGACACCAUACCGGAUCUGGAGCAGCUGUAUGUCGGGGCCCGUGUGGUGGUCCGGUUUCCAGAUCACAAGUUCCGGCCUGGAGUUUUGUCAGAGCUCCCCAGCAGAAAGAACCGCCUGAGGUUCUUGGUUUUCAUAGAUGAUCACACGCCGCUCUAUCUUGGUUUACCUUCAUUUCACCUGGUGUGCAGACCAUUGGAUGAUAUUUUAGAGGACAUUCCCGACGACACUCACAAGGCCUUCAUGACACGGUACCUGAAGGACUGGCCGUACCCACAUUUAACGCAGUUCAAGGCUGGACAGAUGCUCAAUGUGCAGUUAAAUGGAGUCUAUCAGAGGAGUGAGGUGCAGGCGGUCGACUGCAGCGUGAUGCAGGUCCUAUUUCAGGAUACUCAAGUAAGGGAGUGGAUCCAUCGAGGCUCCAUCCGACUUCAACACAUGGCUAGAUUUUUGGACAUAAAUACAGUGGAAGAGCAAGAUUAUGAUUCUGAUUAAAAACGACAGGAAUAUUUAUAAUGUGGAUCGGACGAGCCCCCCAUUAGUUACAAGCUGGCUCCUUCUU